AUGGGCUUCAAAGAUCUUAUCGGCCUCGGCGUCGACGAGAAGACGCAAAGGCUUCGUGAUGACGCGCCUAAGUUUGAGCAUGUCACCUGGUAUAAGGACCCUGGCCUGAGGAUCUUGACAUUCUAUUCAUGCGUUCUCUGUGUUUCCUCCAUGGGAACUGGUUGGGACGGUAUGUACAUGGGAGUGGUACAAAAUUUCAAAAGCUGGAACGACUUCUUCGAUAAGCCUGAAGGUAGCAGACUUGGUCUUCUUGUCGCCCUCUAUCAGAUUGGCUCGGUUGCCUCAAUUCCUCUUGUCCCCUUGAUCGCCGAUCGCUGGGGCCGUCGCGCUUCUAUCGCACUCGGUUUCAUCCUCAUGGCCAUUGGCUCCGGUCUCCAGGCUGGAGCUCCUGAUUACGCUACCUACUCUGGUGGCCGUGUCCUUCUCGGUUUCGGCAACUCAUUCUCCCAGAUCGCUUCUCCUAUGCUUCUCGCCGAGCUUUGCCACCCUCAGCAUCGUGCUCGUUUUACCACCGUUUAUAACUGUCUAUGGAACAUGGGAUCUCUGUUGGUUUCUUGGACCUGCUUCGGUACUUCCUACUGGGGCAACGACUGGUCGUGGCGUUUCCCUGCUAUCCUUCAGGGAGCUCCCGGUCUUAUUCAGCUUGUCAUUCUCUUCUGGAUUCCCGAGUCCCCUCGAUUCCUUAUCGCUAAGGACCGUCAAGAUGAGGCUCUUAACAUUCUUGCCAAGUACCACGCCAACGGCAAUGUCAACCAUCCUACUGUCCAGUUUGAGUACCGUGAGAUCCGUGACACCAUCAAGGCCGAGCAGCUUGCCGACAACAGCUCUAAAUACACCGACUUCCUCAAGACCAAGGGUAACCGAUAUCGCCUUAUUGUUCUCUUCUCCCUCGGCCUCUUCUCUCAAUGGUCUGGUAAUGGUGUCGUCUCUAACUACUCUGCCCGUCUCUACAUCAACGCUGGCUUGACGAGUGAGAACGAGCGCUUGAUCAUCACCGCCGGAAAGACCAUUCUCGAUAUGGUUGUCUCCAUUGGUUGCGCUUUGCUUGUCGAACGUCUCAACCGUCGUUUCUCCUUCCUCUUCGCCACUGGGGGCAUGUUCCUUACUCUCAUCUUCUGGACUCUCACCUGCGGCCUUUUCGAGCAGCACCAGGCUCCUGGAGCUAACAAUGCCAUGAUUUUCCUCGUCUGGCUCCACGGUGUCUUCUAUUCUACCUGCUGGUCUGGUCUUCUGAUUGGUUAUGCUGUCGAAAUCCUGCCUUACUCUCUUCGUGCCAAGGGUCUUAUGUUCUUGAACAUCUCUGUUCAAAUCGCGCUUCUUCUCAACAACUACCUCAACCCUCUGGCUUUCAGCGCCUGGAAGGCCCCUGACGAGGACUCUCUCUACGGCGGUAACACCUGGAGACUGUACCUCAUCUACACCAUUUGGGUCCUUGGUGAAGUCCUCUUCAUUUACUUCAUGUAUGUCGAGACUCGUGGACCUACUCUCGAAGAGGUUGCCAAGGUCAUUGAUGGCGACAACGCUGCUGUUGCCGAUGUCAGACUUGAUUCUGUUGAGAAGGAGAUCUUGACCAACGAGCAGGCCGAGAGAGUGUCUUCUGUUGAUGGCAAGGAGGUCCAUGAGGUCUCUCCUAGCAAAGUCUAA